AUGAAACCUAUUCGAUCACGAAAUAUCACUCAUACUUCGGGCUCUUAUAAACCCUUUCCUUCAUCAAGCCACGAUGCCAAGGUUCUUCGUCUUCCGGCGGUACAAUCUCCUCUUCUAGCGCACCGCCCACCAGUCUCAACGAGCGACUCCUACCAGGAAUUCCCACGCAUAUGUCAGUACAGCGCCCCGAUGACAACCGCCUUUCGCUCGUCCCGACGGCUCACAGUAACUUGUGUUCUGUACCACAUCCUGUGCAUAGCUUUUCUCAACCGCAAUAAAUGA